AUGUACUUCUCACUCUCUUCUCUCAUAUUUCUCCCCUUACUCCUCCAAUCGUUCAUCACAUCAGUAUCAGCUACAUACUGGAACAACACCAAGAAGUUUGACCUUACUAUAACAUGGGAGAAUUACGCCCCAGAUGGCUUCUCACGAAAGAUGCUGCUCGUAAAUGGGCAGUCUCCUGGACCUGUGCUUGAGAUCAACCAGGAUGAUUUGGUCGUAGUGAAAGUCCACAAUCAGUCCCCAGAAGAACUCACUAUUCAUUACCAUGGACUGGAAAUGAAAGGCACACCAUGGACUGACGGUGUUCCCGGCGUUACACAACACCCCAUUAAACCAGGAUGCAGCUUCACUUACAAGUUCCACGCCACACAAUAUGGAAGUUUCUGGUAUCACUCUCAUCAUCGGGGCCAAAUCGAAGAUGGUCUUUACGGAGCUAUCAUCAUUCACCCACGACCCCACGAGCCGAACCCGUUUCACUUGAUCUCCGACGAUAAAGAGACUCUGCGUGAGAUCGCGAAAGCGACGAAACAUGUCAAGCCAGUUGUUAUUUCUGACUUUGUGCACCUAACUUCUACGGAGAAGUGGGAUAUGACUGUAGCAGCUGGAAUUGAGGAUUCAUGCUAUGACUCGAUCCUCUUUAAUGGCAAGGGAAGAGUCGAGUGUCUGCCAAAGGAUGUCGUGGAAGCCAAUCUCAAUGAGAUUCAGAAGAGCUACCUUGAGUUGGUACCAGGCGGGGCUGAGUUCACUGACAAAGCCUGCCUUCCUGCGUCUGCUCUUAAUGCCAUCGCCGGUGGUCUAGGCAACGAAGAAGCCCUCCUCCCAGGAACAUUCUCGGGGUGCAAAGAAACAGAAGGCCAAAUCGAAGUCAUCAAAGUCUCUAAUAAACACCACUACUCGUCAAAAUGGGUCGCUUUCGACAUAGUUGCUGCAGUCAACUUUGUCAACGGCGUCUUCUCCAUCGAUGGUCACGAUGUGUGGGUAUACGCCAUGGACGGCUCUUACAUCCAACCUCAGAAAGUCCAAGCCAUUGCCGCCACAAACGGAGAUCGAUAUUCCAUUCUUGUCAAGAUUGAAAAGUCUGGAGAGUUCAAGAUGAGGUUCAAUUCGAAUAGUGCGCCGCAGAUCAUUACUGGCCAUGCCAUUCUCUCCGUUGAGGGCUUCGGUUACGCACAAGAGGUUGAACCGUGGAUCAACCUCGUGGGUAUCCCUGUGUCAAAGGAUGUCGUGGUUUUUAACCAGAUGGUGGCAUUCCCUUAUCCCCCAGUGUCAAUUUCGCCAACUGCUGAUGUCACCUUUAAUCUAAGCAUGGAGAUCAGAGGUGCUUCGUAUCUCUGGGCUUUGAACAGCACAGGUCUUAUGUCAAAGGAUCUCGACGAGCAGCGACCUACACUCUUCAACCCACAGCCUUAUGUUCACAACAACGUCACUAUUUCAACAAAAUUGGGACAAUGGGUAGAUCUUGUCUUCGUGGCAGCGAUGUUUCCCCAACCUCCGCAUCCCAUCCACAAGCACGGUUCAAAGAUGUACAUGCUAGGCACAGGAACUGGUCCUUUCAGGUGGAGUUCUGUUGAAGAAGCUGCGAAGGAGAUUCCCGACCAAUUCAAUCUGAUUAAUCCGCCGCGGAGAGAUGCGUUUCUUUCGGCGCCGGCGGAUAAGGAGCCGAGUUGGGUUGUAGUUCGAUAUCAUGCUGCUGAUCCUGGACCUUGGUUGUUGCACUGUCAUAUCAACAAUCAUAUGGUUGGGGGCAUGAUGAUGGUUAUUCAGGAUGGUGUUGAUGCUUGGCCGGAAGUUCCUGAGGAGUACGCUGAGGGUGGUGAUGGAGAGUGAAGUAUUUGUGAUUGAGCGC